CAUUACUAGCAUUUAACCCAACACCUUAAAUCUCCUAGCAAUCUCAACAAUGGAAGGUUGAUCUUGAGCCCGACCAAACCCCUGAAACACUUUCCUUCUUCAAUCUUCUUUUGGGUUCUUUCCCUUUUUCUUUUCUUCUUACCUUAAUUUUCGUGCUCGCAAACGUACGGGUUGAUCGAAGAGCUAAGAACCAAGGCGGCCCUUUAUUUCUGAUGUUGAGCUAGGAAAAUGGAGAAAAGAAAAGCAGAGGAGAUUGUUAUAGACGAGGUCUUGCAGGAGAUUGAAGUACAAGACAAGAAUCGUAAUUGUGAGAAUCAAAGCACGAAAACUGAGCUUGGGCUUCAGGCCCAGCAUCCUUACGCGUUUCAUGUGUCGGGUCCACGCAAUGUUCCGUCUAUAAACUGGAGGGACCUCAUCAAUUCGACCUGGAAGGACCCAAACUACAAACGAACCGUAAUAGCUUGCUUCAUACAAGCCGUCUACCUCCUCGAGCUCGACCGCCAAGAAAACCGUACAAACACCGAUCAUGCCCUCGCCCCCAAAUGGUGGGCCCCAUUCAAAUACAAGCUCGCCGAGACCCUUACAGACGAGCGCGACAACUCUAUAUUCGGCGCCAUACUCGAGUGGGACCGCUCGGCUGCCUUAGCCGACUUCGUUCUCCUUAGGCCGAGCGGGUCCGUGAGAUUCAAAUGCGCGUUAAAAGCGUUGAAAGAAGUUUCCGGAAGGUACGGGAGCAGUAAUGUUUGUGUGGCGGGGCACUCGUUGGGUGCCGGUUUUGCGCUUCAGGUCGGGAAGGAACUGGCGAAGGAAGGCGUGUGUGUGGAGGCCCACCUUUUUAACCCGCCCUCGAUUUCGUUAGCUUCGGGAGUGAGGGCUGUGGGGGAGAAGGCUGGGAAGGCGUGGAAGAGAGUCGUUCGGUCGAUUAUGCGGCAGAUGAGCAAUGGGAAUGAGAAUGAAAACGGGUCGUGUGAUGAGGUGGCGGCUGGGCGGGCUAAGAAGAAGAAGUGGGUCCCGCAUUUGUAUGUGAACAAUAGUGAUUACAUUUGUUGUUAUUAUAGUGACACCGCGGUUGAGAGGAGGGGGGUUGAUGGUGGUGGUGGGGAGGAUAAGGAGAAUGAUGUGAAGGGUGCUGAUGAUAAGGUAGAAGCGGAAGCUAAGCUGUUUGUGCUGUCGAGGGGGAAGCAGAAGUUUCUAGAAGCGCACGGUUUGGAGCAGUGGUGGUCAGAAGAUUUGGAAAUGAGGAUGGCGAUGAAUAGUAAUAGUAAGUUGAUAAGCAGGCAGCUUAAGUCUUUGUAUAGUGGUGGUGUUACUCAUCAACGGCACCAUAUGGAGAGUUUCUCAGCCUGGGGUUUUGGGUUGUCUACUGAUCUGGUGGUGGCUCGCCUUUGUUUUGGAGGUUUUCGUCUAAGAAAGGAUGUUGGCCUGGGGUUGUCUGAAUUCGGUAAGUCUGGAUCUGUGGUUUGGGUUGGUGUUCUGUCCGUGGAUGGACUUCUCCGUGGUGUCGGUUUCGUUGGAGAGUGUGUAUUCUUCCAUUGGAGAGUGUAUAUUCUCCAUUAUUGGAGUUUUUAG